AUGGUUAAUGAAACUCAAAUUAGAUGUAAGGAUGGUAAUGUGGGUUUAAAACUCGACAUAACUCAGGCGUUUGAUAUUGUGAGUUGGUCUUUUAUUUUGGAAGUGUUUAAAAGAUAUGGUUUUUCGGAAUAUUGGUGUGAUUGGAUUUUACAAAGUCUGAAAUCUGCUAGAAUUUCGGUGCUUGUCAAUGGUAGUCCGGAAGGUUUUUUCAGUAUUGAUAGAGACCUUCGUCAGGGUGAUCCUUUGUCUCCUCUAAUCUUUGUGUUAAUUGAAGAUGUCUUAAGCAGAAAUAUCACGAAACUCUUUGGUGAUGCUAAUAUGACUCAUAUGACGGUUAGUAGAGAAAAGAGUAAACUCUAUUAUGGGGGUGGAUCUUUGAAUAGGAGAGCUACGAUUGCUGAUUUCUUAGGGAUGCCUAUUGAUUCGUUUCCUGAUAGGUAUCUUGGUGUUAAGGUGAUGCCGGGGGCUGUUAGAUAUCAUCAUGUUGCAAACGUAGUUGAGAAGAUCAAAGAUCAAUUAUCUGGUUGGAAAGGUAAAAUGUUUUCUUUUCAAGAUAGAGUAGUGUUGGUUAAAUCAGUAAUUGCUAGUUACUCCAUUCAUAAUAUGGUUGUUUACAAGUGGCCAUGGAAGUUUGUUCAUGAAUGUGAGGUUGUUAUUCGGAAUUUUUUAUGGUCUGGAGAUUUUAAGGUGAGUAGAUAUUUUGCUGUAGCUUAUGACAAGAUUUGCGCUCCUUAUGAAGAAGGUGGUUUGGGUUUAACUCAAUUGAGUACUACGAGCAAGGCUCUUCUAAUGAGUGUGUGGUGGAAAAUUCGUAUCUCUAAGAAGGUUUGGGCUCGUUUUUUACGUGCUAGAUUUUUAGGAAGAAUGAAAAUUUGGUUCAUUACAUUAAAUCUUCUAUUCUUCCGGGUAUCAAAUGGGUUUACUCUUUGGUGGAGGAUAACACUAAGGUCUUAA